GGCUGAAUGCCACAUGACAUGAUAAUGCCCUUUGUAAUAGUUCAGUCAGUCUUGGUUUUCUGUUUCCAUAGCUGUUGGGCAAGCUCCCAUAUUUCCUUCUGGCCCGGAGCAUCACACCUGGUGAGUAUAUGGUCUAUGUUCUCCUCAGUGCCGCACGUCUGGCACUCAACUCUAUCUUCGCAGCUGUUGAUGUGUCUCCAGUGUUGCCCCGGCCCCCACCGCAUAUUCAUCGACACCGCGCAGUAACAUCCACAUGGAGAAUCGGGCUGAUCUAUUGAAGU